UGAAGUUUUCCUUCCGGGUCUGGGACUUCCGUGUUGUUAACCAGGUUUAGCUGCUAGUCCACUACAAGGCCCGGUUUGGCAACAGUAGAGUUUGAAAAACUUGAAGAAACGAAAGGUUUAUUGUGAUCACGACACCCCUGGAAUCUGUCCAAUCUAGUAUUCAGGUUUGGAGCUCACACUCAGGCCACACUGGAUGGACCAACUGGUCAGGGCCCGUUGUUAACAUCCUUUGGGCCUGUACGUGUAACGUCGGUCAGCAAUGGCCAGCCACUUCCGUAGCUACAUCUGGGACCCAGUCCUCAUUGUGUCCCAGAUUGUGCUUAUGCAAUGCAUCUACUACAGCUUCUUGGGCCUGUGGAUGGCUGGAGUCGACAGCCUUGUGCAAAGUAGUCGGUCACUGGACCAGAUCUUUAGCUAUGAAGCGCUCGGUUUUGCGUCAUUGCAAGGCAGGCUCUCGAUGAUGGCAUUCAUCCUGAACUCUCUUACCUGUGCCCUUGGUCUGUGGUUCUUCAUCCGCCGGGGGAAGCAGUGCCUGGACUUCACCGUCACCGUACACUUCUUCCACAUGAUCGGCUGCUGGAUCUAUAAUUCUCACCUUCCAGCUGCCCUCUCCUGGUGGCUCGUCAACAUAGCCUGCAUGGCACUGAUGGCCGUAAUUGGAGAGUACCUGUGUAUGCGGACUGAACUCAGGGCAAUUCCAGUCAAUAGUGGACCCAAAUCUAACCUGUGAAAUGUUUGGCACUGUACUGAAAAGUUUAUGGAGGGUUAAGGAACUCACUCGACUUUUGGAGAAUCUAAAAAGGACAUGAACCUUCAUCAGCUUAUAUGUGGGACUGUCCCGCAUCUUCUCAUCAAGUGAUUCACUAGAGGAACUGGAGCUAUUUAUUCAGAGCUGCCCAUUAAAUGUUGGACAGUAUUAACCCUGUAGCAUAUUAAGAUGCUUUUGAAAGCAAGUAGUUUACACCCUUUUCUAAACCUGACGACUGUAGAUAUAUGCAUAUAUAUAUAUUUCCCCCCUUAUUGACUUUUCUGUCAGGAUUCAGCACGUACAUGUGAGCAUCCCAUUCCCUCAUUUUAAGACUUUUUUUCCUCUCUCUUUGUGCUCCAUUGCUAAAAGUUGCUAGCACACUUUUUGAACAAAUUAAAAUGUUCUGCUCUCGCUGGAAGGUAGAGAUGCCAGUGUGCAAAGUGACCUUUCUGUGUGUUCUUACAGCUGCUUCUAAAAGAACAUUUUUGUCUUUAAAAGGGGCAUUUGCAGACGCACACUCAUUUUGUAAACCCAAGUGGACGGAAGAAACUGCUCUGUUUUGUGAUCUCAACACCUGAUGGGUCAGUGGUAAUAGAAUCAGGCUUAGCUUUGACUUUCUGGAUAAUUCUCAUAUUUAUUCCUUGUCGAGCUUUUGCAGCUUUUUGCAGAGCUGGCGUUAUUUGGCUCUGUCUCUUUAUGUCUUGAUAAAUCGUGUAGACGGUUUGACCACUUGGGGGACUGUUUGUCAGCCACCAGCUGCGUUCUGACAGCAGGCUGCGUCUUUGUUUAUGAGAAUCUAGGGAGAUUUGAUGCGAGUCCUGAGAUGUGCAGCACCGAUCGUUUCUGGAACUGUGUAAACCUUCUGUCGACUUUUUGAAUUUUUUAAAAUCUUUAAUCUACUGCAAGCCCUGUAAUACAUACCCCUGUUUCUUUCUUUCUUUCUUUCUUUCUUUCUUUCUUUCUUUCUUUCUUUCUUUCUUUCUUUCUUUCUUUCUAUCAGCCUGGUGACUGUUGGCUCAAAACCUUUACAGCUUUGAUAGUGUGGACUAUGCAUUCUCUUCUUUUGAUAUCAGGUUUCUUAAGUGUGGUAUUGGUACAAAUUUUACAUCAGGGGAUGAUAUUAAAGAGAUAAGAGGCGGAUGAGGCCUACAGCUGAUUGUUAAACUACAGCAAGAUGAUGGUGAGCAGCUCUAUGUAGACUGGAAAGUUGGAACAAAAAUAUCUUGUUCAUGAGAAAAUAUACAAAUGUGAAAGACUAGUUAUCUGACAUCUAAAGAUUUGUGUUUUUCAUGCUAAUCAGGGAGCUUUGGAGCUAAGAAGUAUUUGGAAAGAGUCAGGCUAGCAGUUCCAUUCAUUUACGGACUUUAUGUGUAGGCUAAGCUAACCAGCUGCUAGCAGUAGCUUCAUGCUGACCACAGACAACAGAGCAGUGUCUGUCUUCUCAUCUAUACCAGAAAAGAAGGUGAAUAAGCAUUAUAUGUUUCCCUCUUCAGACUGUCAGAAUAUUUAUUUAUAUUGUGUUAAAACUCAAACUUCUCUUUUUAAGUCUACCGUUAUUCUUAUGGUGGCUGAUCAGAAAGAUUUCGCACCCAAUGCCGCAUUUUGUAUUCUUUAACAUAUCUGUUUAUAAUGUAUUUAAAUUUGAACAACUCAAGAGAUGGACCUACUCAUGUCAUUAAAUCCUCUGCCCACUCUCUGGUGCAGGAAGCUUGA